GAAGAGGUUGAGAAGGAGAUGGCGGCGGCGGAGGAGGAGGAGGAGGACGAUGAUGCCGGGAUGGACGAUGUGGAGGUGUGGGUGAAGAUGGGUGAGAGCUCUGCGUCUGCAGAUGGAGAGGACGCGGGUGAGGUUGUUUUGGCACCCGCGGGAUUCUUCCGGCGCAUCGGACGUGCUUUUCGGCGAGUCGGAGAGGCUGUGCGCAGAGUUGGACGAGGGAUUGGUCGAGGAUUGCGACAGCUGGGAAGAGUAAUGCCUCGUGGCAAUUACAGAAUUUGCUUUGGUCAUUGUCUCAAACAAAGGCAACACCUUUAA